AUGUCUAGUACAGACUUUAAAAAUAUUGAUGAGCAAGUACCUUUAAAUCAAAGCAUUAAGAAGGAGAAAACUAUAAGAGAUAAUGGUUAUUUUUCUUCGUCCUACUCUGUGAAAAAGAUACAGGCUGGAAUUUGUUUGCUUCUGGUGGAGCUGUGUGAGAGGUUCACUUUCUUUGAAGUCGUCUGCAAUAUGAUCCCCUUUUGCACUGUCAAGCUCGGCUAUCCCAAUUACCACGCAGCCAUUUUGAACUUAUGCUUUAUUGGAACUUCACUACUUGCCCCCAUGUUUGCAGGAUGGCUUGCUGAGAUCUGUGUAGGAAGAAACAAGCUCAUCUACAUUUGCUUAGUUCUACACUUUCUAGGCACUGUUUUGUUAUCUGUGGUUGCUUUUCCCUCAGAAGAUUUCUAUAUGGGUUCUUACCACGUGAUUAACUACACAACAAAAGAGGAGCAGAAGAGACUGUUUUAUCUAGCUCUGUCGGCCAUCUGUGUUGGCAUAGGUGGAAUAAGAGUUGUCGUGUGUCCACUGGGUGCUUACAGCCUCCAGGAGUAUGGAUCAAGAAAGCAAAUGUCAUUUUUUAACUGGUUUUAUUGGCGCAUGAACCUAAAUGCAACUGUUGUCUUUCUGGGAAUAGCUUACAUCCAGCACUCAAGAGGCUGGGCCUUGGUUUUACUUAUUCCUUUUAUGUCCACCUUGAUGGCUCUGAUAACUCUUCAUAUGAUGUACUCUAAACUGAUUCAUCAGCCAGAAAAAUGUUGCUCCCUCCUGACAACCUUUGGGGUGUUCUUUAAUGCACUGAAAAUAUACUGCCUGAGAUAUUACCAUUUGGGCAGAGGUGUGACAGGCUGCUUGGACCAGGCCAAGAAAGUAAAUGGUGGCUGCUGUAGUGAGUUCCACGUGGAAGAUGCGAAAGGCUUCCUCCUGCUUCUCCCUCUCUGCAUUUUUCAGCUUCUGUAUAGAAUGUGUAUCAUGCAGAUUCCUUCCGGGUAUUAUCUGCAGACCAUGAACUCCAGCCUGAAUGUGAAUGGAUUUCUUCUGCCGGUUGCCAUAAUGAAUGUGAUGAGCACCCUGCCGUUAUUAAUCCUGACCCCGCUUAUGGAGUAUUUCCGCACCUGCCUCUUUUCUUCGAAGAGAGAGGGCCCGUUUCUGUUGGCAUGCAUAUUGGUUGGACAUCUUUCUGUGGUGUUGUCUGUGAUGGUAGCUGGCUUCCUGGAAAUGCACAGAAAAGAUUUCCCUUCAAUGGAGCAAACUCUUUCUGGAAAAGUUAUCCUUGUUUCCUCCAUGCCCUGUUUCCACCUGGCUUUUCAGUACAUCUUACUCGGUGUGGCUGAAACUCUGGUGAAUCCAGCCUUAUCUGAACUAUCAUGCCGAUUUGUUCCAAGAAGAAUCGGCGGGACCUCUGUGAGUGUGUCGUCACUGUGCAACGGACUAAGUUGUUUCUUGGGAGCAGCGCUGGUGGAGCUGGUGUAUCUCCUCUCAGAAGGCAAUUGGUUUCCAAACACAUUAAACAAAGGCAAUUUAGAAAAUUUCUUCUUCUUCCUGGCAUCAUUAACAUUGCUGAACGUCUUGGGACUCUGCACUGUUUCACAAAGGUACUAUCAUCUAAAUCCUGCCCAGAACAAUAGAAGUAAUCUUGAAGAAACGCUUCUCCUCCAAGAAAAGUCUCUGAACCUUUACGGCAGCCUGCAGGAAUUUUCCUCCAGUAUUGAUCUUUGGGAGACAGCCCUGUGA